AUGUGCGGCGGCAAGACAUCCAUCGUCAACCUCGCGCUUGCACUUGUGGCAGUGGCCGCCAUAACGACCACCUCGCAUUGUAUCGCGUGCGAUGACGACAUUAGCUUGGGCUACAACAUCGACGAUGUGUACGAGUUGUCCAAUGAGAUCUUGGGCGAAGGUGGGUACUGCGUCGUUCGGAAAGCGCGACACCGUGGCACGAACGAAGUCGUUGCAGUCAAGGAGCUGGCCAAGAAGGACAUUUCAUCCAAGGCCUUCUGGACUGAAGUGGAGAUGCUUCACAUCGCUGGGUCGCACCCCAACAUCAUGUCCCUCCGUGGAGUUUUCGAGACCGACACUACGUGGUACAUCGUGCAAGAACUCGCCAACGGCGGCGAACUCUUCGACCACCUCGUGGCCAACGGCGCGUACUCUGAAAAGCAAGCUAGUGUGGGCAUGCGCGAUCUGUGCCACGCGAUGGUGCACUUACAUCGCAAAGGCAUUGUCCACGGCGACGUCAAGCCCGAAAACAUCAUGCUGUGCGAAGAUCGCAUGUGUUUGGUCGACUUUGGCGUGUCGUUCCGGCAAGGCGAACGGCCGUUGGACACCCCUCUCCAGGCCACCACGGCGUACUGUGCCCCUGAGACCUUGGCUGCGAGUGCUCGGAAUGAAUUCUCCAGUGGCCCUGAAGCCGACAUGUUUGCGCUGGGUGUGGUGCUGUACAUUUUGCUCUGCGGGUGCCAUCCCUUCGAUACGCACAACACGUUGACCGACGACGAAAUUGGGCGUCGUAUUUUGAAAGGCUCGUUCAACACCAAGAUUCGCCCGUGGAAAUAUCUAACCCGCGACGCCCAAGACUUGCUUCGGCGCCUUCUGGACGCGGACCCCCAAAAACGUCUGACGGCAGACCAGGCGCUGGCCCAUCCGUGGCUGUCCCCCUCCAACAACCGCAUAUCCACUCUGAAACGCCCGGCCACCGCCCUCAAGCGCUUCCAACGCGGCCGCAAACGCCUCCGCGCGAGCAUCUUGGCGGUGCUACUUCAACGCGACGAUUCCUCGACAUCAACGAGGGAUCCAACCGAGUUGAGAGAAUUGGCGAGGGGAUUGAGCUCAAAACCUGAAGCCGCGGCGCCCAAGGCGGCCAUGGUGGCAUCGGCGCUGGAGGUGUUUGACCGAGAUAGCAAGGGGUACAUCUCUGGGUCAGAUCUCAAGCGAGUGACCACGGCCCUCGGACAUGACCUCUCGGACGGGGAAAUCCGAGACAUGAUCGGGUCCGCGGGGGGGGACCCGGAUGAGGUGCAUAUAAAGGAAUUGAUCCAGUACCAGGACAUCCAACGCAUGAUUUCGAGCCUCCGGUCCGCCUUGUACGCUCAAGGCGACGUCGUGUCGGAGGAGGGGGCGAUCGACCCGCACUUUUAUGUGCUCAUGGAGGGCCGCGUCGACGUCGUGUGCAAGAACGCCAUAGCACCCGACAGCAACUCCAAUGUCGACACCGACGACGGGCGGGUGAUCUGGCUGCGCACCCUCGCGGCAGGGGACUACUUUGGGGUGAUGGAACUGCUCGCCCCGGACGGCACCAUCCACCCCCGCGUCUCAUCCUACUGGUGCAUGAGCCCCACCUGCAAGGUGUUAAAGCUACUCGUGGACGAUUUCUCAACCGUGAGCGCCAUCUACAAGAGCAUGGAUGACCGGUUCCAAGAGUACACCCUCCACCACGCCCACACCCAGAUCAUCAAGUGUCUCGAAGACACCCACGGGCACGUCCAGCGCCAGGCGUAUGCCGAGGGGGAGGUCGUGUACAAGCAGGGGGAUCACUGGGACUCGUACUUUAUCGUGACGAGCGGGGCCGUCGAAGUCGUCAUGGACGACGUGGUCGUCGAGCACUUGGGCGCGGGCGACUACUUUCCGCUGGGGGUCGUGUCUCGGCUCGCCAGCCCUCCAAUUCGCCACGCUAGCGUCCGGGCGACAGAGCCGACGACCGUCGUGGAAAUCCAAGGUCACACGUUUCGAAGUUUCCUGCGUAGCUACCGGUUCAUGACGGCGUAUUUUGAAGAUCAAAAGCUACAGCGCCAAGCCCAGCGCCGUGUGGCGCGGAAGCAACAUUCUGGCGCCACACUCCCGACUGCCUCUCACAAACCAUCGUCGCCCAUUAUCACAUUUGCAGGAUACAUGGCAUCCAAGACCAAUCACUGUCACCUGUGUACCGUGCAGUUCACGUUCCUCCGACGGAGGCACUACUGCGGCAGCUGCUUCCACGACUAUUGCAAGAAAUGCACCGACGUGUACACUUCGCUGCAUCAAAAGUCCACUCGGUUGUGCACGCCGUGCGUGAUUCGUAUGAACCCGACUCGUGCCUUUCACAGCGACCGCCCGCACCCGUCGUCGCGCAAACUUGACAAUGACAAGCUACGGCCAGUCCAAUUCCUCAGCUCCAGAUCGAUCAGUGACCGCGGCUCCAUCAUGGAACUCACCAAAGGCCGCGCAUCUAGUGACACGUGCGUCACCACGAGCUUGGACGACGAGGACCAACCGUGCCACCAAGUCACCCCCGAAAACCAAGUUUUGUCACAAGUGGCGCCGUCCCACCACGCGCCACGCCAGUCGUUCCCGCCAAGAUCGUCAAGGCUACUACUCACGCCUCGCCAACGCGUGGACGUUCGCGCUAAGCGAGCUACUGCCGCCAAGCCAUAAAUUAAUGCAAAAGCUACCAUAUGGUGCUAGUAGAUGCG